GUGUUACAAAUGGAGAAAGAACUAAAUGAUCUCCUUCAGUGGAAAGAAAAAGAAGGGAAAGAGCUACAUGCUUGCCAGUUCCUAUGUCAAAAGAAAAUGCUGCAAGAUGUCAAAAAGCAACUCCAAGUCAUGCAUGAAAAAUUUAACAAAUUGAAAGAAGAUUUUGUCUAUAACCUAAGAAUUUUAGAAGAGAGAGAUAAAGAGUUAGGACACUAUGAUGUCACAGUUGCUCAUCUGAAAACAUCUGAAAAUGCUAAACAGGCAGAGAUUAGUGAUCUUCGAGUACAACUGGGUAAAAUGGAGCAAAUGCUUGUCAAGGAAAGAAGAAGAAGAUGGAAACUUCAUUAUUACUAUCAACAACGCAUUGAAGAACAUAAGUUAGAGCUGGAGCGGUUUUGCAGCUCUAGGAACAGUCACAUAGAUCAUCAGCAUGAGGAGUAUGUGAACCUGAAACAUCACAUGGAGAGAAAAAUCCAAGAACUGGAAGGAGAGCUUGCUUGUCAGAAGCAGGAACUGCUAGCUGAAUUUGAUGCAGAAAUGAAAAAGAGAGAAUGCGAGUUUCAAAAGCAAACAAUUGAAAUCGGUAACUUAGCUCUGUCUCAUGAAGUUAAGGUGAAGCUGCUGACCAGAGAGCUGGAGGCCCUCAAAGAGAUGAGAAUGCAAACACCAGAAUCACUGGAAACAGCAGAAAUCUUUGAUUUGAGACUGGAGAAAGAAAACCAGUUCAACCUAAGUUCUGCUUUUACUGUGAAAGAUGCUUGGCAUGAAGAACUAGCUCAUGCUGCCAAGGAAAGGGAUGCAAUGCCAACUUCAGUGAAAGAAGACCAAGUCAAACAAUUUAAAAAGUUGAAGCAGCAGAUUAGAGAACUGCAGAUGAGAUAUAAAAAUCUGGAAGUUGAGCUAUGCAGAAGAGAAUGGAGUCACAGUGCUUGUUUAAGAGAGAAAGAUGCUCUUAUUAGAAAGCUUAAACAACUGUGUCUGGCAGGUGAGAGCAAAUGGAUUCUGGAACAGAGUAAAAUGCAAGCAGAACUGGACUGGCAGCAGCUCUGUGAGAAUGCUGAAAGUAAUUGGUAUCAGAAAUCAGAGGAUCUAACACAAAGCCUGUCUUCAGCCAGAGAGCAGGUUAAAGCUGAUCUACAGAAAACAGACUACAGCUUGCAUGAAGUGAAGACUGUUCUUUCUGCUUUGACUGUUGAGGGAGAAGAGACAAUGCAAGCAUCGUUUAAUCACAGUAUUUUACCUGAGGGGGAGAAACAGAUAUUUCAGUGUGAUGAUAAAAGUUCUCUGAGCAAAGAUAUUCCUACCUUGGAAAUAAAAAAGCUGCAGGAGCAGAAUGCCAACCUUCGGGCUGCUGUUGCACAAAUGAGGAAAGAAAUGGAGAGUCUUGAUGAGCAGAUGUUGUCCUCUCUUCCUCUGACAGAAAACAGACAGCUUGCAGAGCAAGGUUCAUCGUGCACAAACAAAAUUUUAACUGGAACCACUUUGAGCAAUAUCAAACUCAGCUCAACUAACUCGGAUUGUAUAGUAAACCCAGACACAGAAGAGGGGCCAAAAGCCAAAGUUCUUGAAGAUAAGAUGGUGGAUCUUGGACAAGAGUUACCUGAUGUAGGUCCUGGUGUCGGUCUUCAGUAUGGUGUCAGCUGCACUCUACAAGGAAUGCGAAAUAAACUGAAGGAAGCAGCAAGUAAAAUCUCAAUUCUGAGCCAAGAGAAGCAGCAGCUGAUUGAAAUGGGAAACAGACUCAGGGCAGAACUUGUAAUGGUAUUAAAGGAAGGACUUUGGCAUCCUGUUAGCUCUAAGGGCUGCACAGUUUGUAUUGCUUCUGGUAGUCUUUUUCCAAGAGAGCUUGUCAAAAGAACACAGUGUCAGCUAUCAGCUUUAAAGCAUCUACAGCACAGGCUUACAACACAGGUAAUCACUCUUACUAGUCAGACUACAUUUGCUCCUGCGUUCAAGAUCAUCAUCCUUACCAAAAACUGA